AUGACAAUCAAUGACUUACCUACUUAUGGAAAAUAUAAGGACACCACACAAACAUUAGGAACGGUGGACACCAGUGGACCAGUCAAGGACACAGUGGGAGAAGGAGAAGGAAGCCUGAGCAGGAACCGAAGGAGAACCGGAAUAAAGGAUGAACUAAGUCUGGAAGGGAACAGAAAAACCCCAGAAUAUGGAAACCCAGCCACACGAUCCCAGUGGCAGGGAGGGGGGAGACCCCACAACAACGGAGCCCCGGGCGAGGGACCUGCCAGUCCAGAAGCCACACACGUAAAGGAUGUGGUGGAAAGCAAGAGGAGACCAAAGACAGGACCUGGUCUGGGAAAGGGACGGAGCCGCUGGUCAACGGGAGCAGACUGGACAUCUGUAGCGGGUUGCGCCCGGCUGCUGGCAGCCCUGAACCGAUCCAGGACCCUGAGCCUGCAGCAGCUGGUGGAGGAAGCAGGGCCUGGACUAUCGGGGCCGGGGCUCUGGGCUCUCCUGGGUCUGACCUCCAUCCGGGUCGCAUACCGAAUCCUCAACCUAUGGACCCAGAAGCUGAGUGGGAGAGACAGGAGGCUCCUCAUGGAUCUCUCUGUCUCUCUCUGUCUCUCUCUCUCUCUCUCUGUCUCUCUCUCUCUCUCUCUCUCUCUCUCUCAGGGUCCGUCCUGUUGGGACGAUGUCCUCCUCCGAGGUCGGAUCCACGGCGUGUGUCAAUCAGACGGUUGUCACGGCAACGAAGCGGAGUUCUACAUGAAGUGUGCGUCCCAUCCAACCUCUGAUGACGACCUCUCUGUGGCCCUCGACCUCAUCAUGACCAACAGCAGAGACGUCCCCUGCAUCGCCUGCACCGACAUCAUGGACGUGGUGGUGGUGUUCCAGUGUUUGGAGCGUCAUGUGAUCUGUCUCGACUGUUUCCGUGGUUACUGUCAGACUCGACUGAACGAGCGACAGUUUGUGUACGACCCUGUGAUUGGCUACUCUCUGCCGUGUGCCGCCGGCUGCGCUGACUCUCUCAUUAAGGAGUUGCAUCAUUUCAGGAUUUUGGGAGACGAUCAGUAUGGGCGGUACCAGCAGUACGGGGCGGAGCAGUGCCUGCAGCUGAUUGGAGGGCUGCAGUGUCCGUCAGCAGGCUGUGGGGCGGGGCUUCUGCCAUCUGAUGGCGGCCGGCGGGUGGAGUGUGACCAGCGGCUCGGCUGUGGCUUCGUCUUCUGCCGACUCUGCCGGGAGCGCUACCACGAGGGGGCGUGUCUUACAGCGCAGGCCCCGCCCACAGCCGAGGCCGCACAGGGCUUUGUGUCGGGGGAGGAGGAGUCUCUCAGAGCGAGAUGGGAUGCAGCCUCGCUGCUCCUGGUGCAGGAGUCGACUAAACGCUGCCCGCGCUGUUCGGUUCCUACGCAGAGAGACGGUAACUCUUACAGCUUCAUUACUUUCUCAACAAAUCAAAUCAAAUCAAAUCAGAUCAAGCUUUAUUUGUCAUUGCAUGAAUACGUUGUAUUAAAACAACGAAAUUCAAGGUGCCGCUCCAGAUCAGUGCUUUUAAAAAGAUAAAUAAUUAAUAAAAUAUGUAACAAACACC